CGUAGAUUCGGCCAAAGCAUCAGUUUCUACCUAUACGUCAUAAAGGGAUUCAGCAGAGAGCCCUGCCGGACCUAUCGUCAUGAAACUGACGAUCGUCUUUCUUAUUGUGAGCAUUGUGCUCGUAAGCAUUGUCGAUCACAGUGCAGCAAAGGAACGCCGAAGGCACAAGGGGCACCCAGCUAGGGGCAAUCAAGGAUCGUGUCCCUGCGAAACGAAGAAACCACCUCACAGGGAACCGUGUAAAACGAGAAAACCACACCAUAAAGAACCCUGUAAAACAAAAAGACCACGUACAAAGAAACCCCGUAAAACAAAAAAACCACAUCACAAGCAACCCUGUGGUUGCGGUUGCGAAACCACGCGAAAGGCAACGAGAAGACCAACGCGUAGAAGGACAACGCAUAAACCACCUUGUAGAACUACUCGAAGGCCACCUUGUGAAACAACACGUAAACCUCCGUGCGACACCACUCGAAGGCCACCUUGGGACACCACUCGAAGGCCACCAUGUGAAACAACGCGAAAACCACCCUGUGAAACCACUAGAAGGCCACCUUGGGAAACAACGAGGAAACCACCUUGCGACACCACUCGAAGGCCACCUUGGGACACUACUCGAAGGCCACCCUGUGAAACAACGCAAAAACCACCCUGUGAAACCACUCGAAGGCCACCUUGUGAAACAACACGUAAGCCACCUUGGGACACUACUCGAAGGCCACCUUGGGACACCACUCGAAGGCCACCAUUGUAG